AGUUGCUGUCCGCUGUCCGCUAAAAGCGCGCUCCGGGCCUUGGGCUGCUCCAUGCAACGGGAUGCAACCGGCGCCCGGAAAUGAGUUUGAGGUCGAUCCCUCCGUUGAGGCUGAAAUCUCAGAAGUUUCCGAGGCUGAUCUUGAAGAGAUCCAGGUUCAUGUUCGGGGCAUUCAUGGUGAGGAGGUGGCAGAAUUGUCAAUGCCUGGAGACUCCACGAUCUUAGCAACCAAGGUGGCAUUGAGCAGCAAGUGCCGAGCGCCACUACACACGCAGAAGUUGCUCCUUCCUGGCAGCGAAGAUGUGCCUGAAGACAGUGAAGAACUAUUAAAAUUGAAAGGUGAUUCUGAAGUUCUGAAUUUGCUACUGGUGCGUCUCAGUUUUGACGAUGCCGCCAGCGCCGAGCUGUUGCUUCAUGCGUGGCGAGGAGAGGUGCAAGAUGUGGAGCGCUGUUUGAAGGCUCGUGCAUGUCCUGAUCACCGGAGCGAAGAGGAUGGGCGCACAGCGCUGCUUUCUGCUUCUCUACAGGGGCAUUUGGAGGUCGCCAAACUGCUUUGCACUGCAGGAGCUGCUGUAGAUCCUGAAGGUGAUGGUGCUUCUCCUAUGCUUGCCGCUGCAAUGCAAGGAAGAUUAGAGAUGGUGAAGUUCCUGGCCGAAGCGAGAGCUGCUAUUGAUCGGCCGACGGCCAACGACACCACACCACUGCAUGUGGCAUCACUGCAAGGACACUUGGAUGUGGUGACUUACUUGUGUGAGUCUGGCGCCAUGUGUGACAGGACAACACCGGGUGGUGCUACGCCACUCUAUGUGUCAUGCUACAAUGGACACCUUCCAAUCGUUCAAUAUUUGGUGUCGCAGCAAGCAGAUGCUUGCAAAAGGACUCCUGCGGGCGCCACGCUGCUCCAUGCAGCUGCACAAGAGGGUCAACUUGAGGUGGUUGCUUUCUUAUGCAACAUGUCCCAGGUGGACAAGGAUGCACAGAUGCAUGAUGGUGCCACACCUUUGCUGGCCGCAGCAUUACAGGGUCACGUAGAGGUUGUGCAACACUUGACUCAAGUGAAAGCCGACAUCCACAAGACUACCAAGGACGGAGCAUCUGCCCUCCACGCUUGCGCGCGCUCCGGUCAUGUGGAUGUCGCGCGUUUUCUUUGCGAGGCUGGGGCCGACAAGGACCGGGCAAUGAUGGAGGGUGCCACGCCUUUGUUGGCUGCAGCCUUGCAGGGCCACACCAAGGUGGUGAAAUACCUGUGCGAAGCAGGAGCUGACAAGGAUCGAACCAUUUGUGAUGGUGUCACUGCCUUUCACGCAGCAGCCGAGCGGGGACAUGCUGAAGUGAUCCAGUGCCUUUGUGAGGUUGGUGCCAACAAGAAUCAGGCCAUGCGCAAUGGCCUGACGCCCCUCAUGGCGGCCUGUUUGCAAGGCCAUGAAGAGGUCGUCAAGGUUCUUUGCCAGAACGGAGUCGUUAUGGAGACCUCCAUGAGAGAGGAUUUGGUCUUGGCAUCCGUACUGCUCAAGGAGAAGCAGCCAUGUUCGCAGAUCUUUCUCUGCGAUCCGUUGCCUUCCAAGGACAAGAAGGUGCAUGCGUCUGAAAGCUCUGCACCCAACGGCAAGCAAGGGGCAACAUCACUUCAUGUGGCUGCAUUGCACGGCCAUCUUGGUGUUGUUAAGGAACUAUGUGAGGCCCGUGCAAAUUUGGAGGCGCAAAUGCGAGUCAAAGUCUUCGCUUCUUACAGCUUGAGUGGUCGACCGCUGAAUCCCUUUGACUUUUCCAUCGCAGAGCCUGAAGCUGUGCAGAAUCUGUGUCAACGGAUUUAUGCCACGACAGGCAUUGUAACACAUCAACAAAGGCUACUUCUUGAGGAUGGCCAAGUCUUGAGAAUGCGCUCUGGCGCUUGGGAACCGCGAGGUUCCUUACAUGAAAUUUGCCCGAGUUUAUUGAGUUUAUUGUCUGCAGAAAAGACAUGCCAAGACUUGGAUUUGGGCAGUUGACGAGGUGGCCAAAGUGGCGCAACUGGCUACGCAAUGC